GUUAAACUCCCCCAAUCUGGCAUCACUUUAAUGUAAAAUAAAAAGUUUUAAGUCAAAGUGACAGCGAUCUGUGGUUGAAUAUCUUUAUAUAUUUUUUAUUUCUAAAAAACUAAAAUAUGAAGCUUAAUAAAGCAUUUAAUCAAAUUAUAUCAUCUUAUAAAUUACCAACGGUAUUAUCUAGGCCCAUGUCUACAAAUAACCUGUCCAAUCAAAAUGCAUUGAAUUAUUGUGCUAAAAUUGUUAGGUAAAGAUUACAUGAAAAAUUACUAAUUUCAAAAUAAACUAUUGACUAUUAGUGAAAUUUCUUUCAGACGAUAUGCUGGUACUCCUUUAUCAUUUUACAGAUAGACAGCACGAUUAUGAAAAUUUUUUGGCAACGCUUCUCAUGACAAAAUCUAUUAGAUCACCAGCCCUGGUUGUGAGGGCCUUCAACGUAGAAGUAGCUCGAAUACAAGAUCAAACAACAGAUCCUCAGACAGCUGCUUUUAGGCUGCAAUUUUGGCAAGAUGUCCUUACUAAGAUUUACAAAAAAGAAACAGCUUUACAAAAUAUCCCAGCAAACCCUGUUGCUCAGGAACUGUAUAAGAUAUGCAAUUGCUACUCCUUACAAAGAAAACAUUUGGAAAGACUUAUAUCAUCAAGAAGCAAUUUACUGAAAUCCAGAUUCUUUAGAUCUUUAGAAGAUAUUGAGGGAUAUGCAGAAGAUGCUGUAUCUCCUACAUACUAUCUUCUUCUUAAAGUAGCUGAUGUGAAAGACUUACAUGCUGACCAUGCAGCUUCGCAUUUAGGAAAAGCUCAAGGAAUAGCUAAUAUACUGAGAUCAAUAUUUGUUUUCAAUAGACAUAAAAUGAUUUCUUUGCCUAUGGAUAUACUUAUGGCAAAUGAAGUUAGCCAAGAACAAGUUUUGAGGGGUGCAGAUAGUGAAAAAUUGAGGAAUGUUACAUUUGAAAUAGCUACCCGGGCAAAUAGUCAUUUGCAAAAGGCAAGAAAAAUCAAAGUUCCUAAAAUAGCAAAUCAAAUUUUUUUACCUGCUAUUUCUGUGGAUAAAUACUUAACAAAUCUACAAAAAUGUAAUUUCAAUUUAUUUGACACUUCAUUGCAAAGACAAAAUGCUACUUUACCUUUCAACCUUUACUAUAAUAGGAUAAUAAAUAAUUAUUAAUUAUUACUCAUC